GACGAGCAAGUCGAUCGGGGGUUUCGAAGGAUGGUUCGCGUGCUGCAGCUCUCGCUCAAGCUGCACGGCGGCGCGCAGCUUGGGAAGGCCGUGAAAGGCAGCAGCAAGGACAAGAAGGGCAAGAAGGACGGGAAGAGCGCGACGGACGAAGAGCGGCGGCUCGCCGACUCGAUCAACCGGCUCGAGAUGAACGACUAUCUCAAGAAACUCGCCGUCUCCAAGAAGCAGCAGCUCAAAGACUUUAUGGAGAAGGAGCAGAAGAUCUCCAAGAUGAACAAGCUCAAGAUCCAGAACCAUUGGCGCAAGAUUAUGCGCUUGGUCAAGGUCGAGUCGCUUCGGAAGGAAGUCGAAAUCAAGUCGCAGAACCACGAGCGCGACGUCGACCGAAAAGACGCCAUCAUUCAAAUGCUCGAUCGCGACCUCGAGGAGGCCGAGGAGCAGUACCAAAUGGCGCUGCGCAGCCACCUUCUCAACGUCGACAAACUCAUUGACCUCCAGGACGGCCGCCUCCUCGGCCUCGAGAACGAGUUUGAGAAGGACCUCCAGAUCAUUGAGCGCGAGUUCAGCGUCGAGAAGGAGAAAAUCACCAAGCAACACCACCUCGAGAAACACGAGCUGCUCAACAUCAUGCGCGCUGUGGAAGCCCAAGAGAAGGAGCGUGAAGCCGAAGCCAAGCAAGAGCACGAGCAGCUGCGCGAAGAAAUCCGCAAUAAGAACCUCGAAGACAUCAACGUUUUGCGCAUCACGCUCGAUAGCAAUAUUGAAGAGCUUGAGCAGCACUUUGAGACGGCGCACCUCAACUAUCUCCAAAACACGGACCAGCGGACGCAGGACUUCAAGUACCUCACGGCCAAGGACCAAGAGCUCUCAAAGGACAUUGAGAUCAAAAUACGCAAGAUCGAGCGGCUCCAAGCAAAUUUGACGCACUGGCGCACCAAGAUUGCCCAAAACGUGCGCGAGUGCAACGAGCGCAACCGCGCGCUCGAGGAAGAGAAGGGCCAGAUCGCGACGCACUUUCAGCAACUCAAAGCCAAGAUGAACCACAUGCGGGACGAGCAUCGGAAGCGACUGACCGAGCUCUCGCACCUCGCGCGUGCGACGAAACUCAAACUCACCGAAGAACAAGAGCUGGCGGAGCGCAUUCUCAAGCUCGCCGAACUCGCACGCAAGCUCGAGACGGAGCGGGAGCAGGUGUUGCCGUUCUACCACUCGUCCAUUGAAGACGAAGAGACCGCGACGGACGCAGUCAACUCGCUCAAGCACGAGCACCAGCUCCCGUCCGUCGGAUUGCCCUCGGAUGUGGAUCCGGUCGAGCAAACCAAGCUCGCACUCUUGCAGCCGCAUGGCGAGCUCAAUGGCGAGCCCGUGCCCGAGUGGGAGUACCUGGACCUCUUCUGGAAGCGCUACAACAAGGCGCUGCUUGACACGAUGGCCGUGCAGAAGGAGAAGGAUCGCAUCGAGAAGGAAAACAUCGAGCUCCAAGCGGUCCUCAAGCAAUAUCUUGACGGCAUCACUGUCAACGAACACGUCAUGAGCAGUGUGAACCCGCUCCUCGUCGUCAACGGCCGCCUGACGCUCAACCAACCGGCAGCCGUCAAGGAGAAGAACCACGCCGUCAUUGACGCCAAUCACAUGGUCGCCACGCACCGCGUCGUCGGUCGUUACUAGAGCCAACUGGGCUACUCGAAAAUACGAUUGCAUAAUACAUUCUCGUCGUUAGCGCAGGA